CUAUAUAAUACCGUAGUACUAGAUAGUCUAUAAUCUACGUGUCUAUAGUCUAGGGUUAUGGUUGGGUCUUCAAAACAGUGACAUAGCUAGAUGUAGUCUAGAUCUAUAUCUAGAGAGUGUAGAUCUAGACGUAAAUUUUUAUCUAUAGAAUCUAUGUUCAUCAACAAUGGUUUAGGCUAGUUAAGCAGAAGGCAAAGAAGGAAUCUAUUCUGAAUCUGGAGACGAAAAUGGUUUCUCAUAACGAGAAACUCGUAUUUUUGUGUUCCUUAAUCAACAUUUUUAGCUCAAUUGUUAUAGUUUUGUUGAAUAAGUGGAUAUACACAAAAUAUAAUUUUCCGAACAUAACUCUCACUUGUAUACAUUUCGUAGUGACUUCACUGGGCCUUUUGAUUUGCAGACAUGCUAAUAUAUUCCAGCCUAAAAGUCUUCCCUUUCUUUCUAUGAUCCCCAUAGCAAUUUCAUUUUGUGGAUUUGUUGUAUUCACAAAUUUAUCAUUAGAAUCAAACACUGUUGGAACGUACCAAAUCAUCAAGACCAUGACAACACCCUGCAUUAUAUUUAUUCAAACAUAUUAUUAUGGCAGGCAUUUUUCAACAAAAGUAAAACUUACAUUGAUACCUAUCACCAUUGGAGUUGUGUUGAACUCUGUUUAUGAUGUGAAGUUUAAUAUUGUAGGCAUUAUAUUUGCUGCUGUUGGAGUCCUCAUCACUUCCUUAUACCAAGUAUUAGUUGGAGAAAAACAGCAUGAAUUACAAGUGAAUUCCAUGCAGCUGUUGUAUUAUCAAGCUCCUCUGUCUGCAUUCCUUUUGUUGUUUGUGAUUCCAUUUUUUGAACCUCUGGAUGCUUUUCAUGGAGUUUUUUUCAAUUGGCCUUUUGAGGCCUUAGUUGCUGUAUUUAUGUCAGCCUGUGUUGCCUUUGUUGUUAAUUUAUCCAUUUUCUGGAUUAUUGGCAACACAUCACCGGUUACCUAUAAUAUGAUUGGCCACCUCAAGUUUUGUUUGACUUUACUAGGAGGCUUUAUCUUGUUUCAUGAUCCCAUUCAAAUCUUACAGUUGUUGGGUAUACUCACAACUGUGGCUGGUGUCUUAAUCUACACUCACAUCAAACGUGAAGAAAUGAAAAAGAAUUCCAGUUUACCCACAGCGAGCGAAAGCCGAACUAAGAGCUAAUCCUUAUCCAUAGUGUGUAUAUAAUUAACUUGUGAUAAAUAUAGAUGAACUUGGCAUAAUUUUAUGCUGACACAUUGAGGGUUCAUGUUUACAAAUUUAUUUUAUCCUGAUUUUUUUGUAUGCCAUAAAUCACAAAAUAUAAAUGUACAUGCACUGGUUGAUUUGUUUUAGAUUCCAUAAUAAAUGCAUAUUAAACAUUGCUAGUUAACAUUUUUGUGUAUUAUCUGUAUAGUUAUUUACAUACCACUUUUAACUGAAGAGCUUGGUAUAGUUUUAUGAAAUUCUGUGAUUGAGAUUGAAAAAGAGUGUUAAUAAAAGAAAUAUUGUACACAAUUACUUACUUGAAACAGGCAAUGAUUGCAACAUAUAUUCUUUACUUUUAAAAUUUAGCUGUGCAUUGUUUUGUUACCAUUGUUUAAAGAUGUACCAGUAUUUAAAUGUAUGGGCUUCAUUUCUUUCACAUGGUAUUUUAACUUUUGUUAACUAGACUACUGUUUCAUUUAAAUGCAACAAUGACAAUUUUUUGUAAUGAAAUUUCUAAAAUUAAUAUAUAAAGUUGUUAUGCCUAAUCCACUAUUAAUGUAGAUGAUACUACACCUCAACAUAUAUUUUAACUUUUUUCAUCAUUCA